UCAUUAGAGAUGGUUGACAAAAUAAAUGAUGUCUGGGUUUCAGAUGAAGAUAUAGUGGAUUAUGAUAAAUUGAUAUCAUCAAAAGAUUGGGAACGUAUGAAUGAAGAUUUUGGAAAUAUAGGAUACAAAGAAGGAAUUUUAGAAGGUAAAGAUAUUACCAUUCAAGAAGGGUUCAAUAAAGGAUACGCUGAAGGAGCUAGUGUUGGAAAAGAGAUCGGUAGGUUAAGAGGUUUAUUGAAUACAUUACUAGAAUACUAUACACCUUUACUUAAUAGUACUAAUGUUAAUGACAGUAACAUUGUACUUCCAGCUCAUUCUAUUAUUGAUAGAUUAAAAUCUUUAGAAAAUGAUCUUGCAAAUUUGACGGUUGAGAAAAUUUUCACAAAAAAUUAUUUUAAAGCAACUCUAUCGACUGAUUCAAUGUGUAGUUGCCGUGAAAAAUCAGAUAGCACAAUGGAAAAUUGUUGUAAAAAUAGUAAUAUGGAUGAUUUUGAAAUGUCAAAUGUUGGGAGUGAAUCAGAAAGCUGCUUGUUAUUUCAACAAUCUGUUUCACAAGCGAAUUCGCCAGAACAAGUUUUGGCAGAAUAUCGUGAAAAAGUCAAAACUUUAUUAGCCGAAAUUGGAUUUAACGUCAAUUCGAUUUAG